AUGGACUACGGCACUCCCUUGUACCAGUUGCCACUGUCGGAACACUGGUUAUUGAUUAUAACCAACCGGGGCUACAAGUUCUACUUCAAUUCCAAUGAGCUGGUCUCAUACUGGGAAUUGCCCGAGUCAUGUGUGGCCGAGCUGGACGAAAUGAAGCGUAAGAAAAACGAAAUCUUGUUACUGAUAGGAGUCGCCAGAGGAGCCAAGGUGGACGACUCACGUGCAGGCGACCUGAACGAGCUGUUGCACGGAGAACGAUACCCGCGAGACGUGGUGGAAGAGACUGCACAGAAAAUCACGUCCCCUGAGGAAGAGAGCACUUCAGCGUCGUCAAACACAGCCAAAGAUGGAAUCUCGCUAGGCUACGAGUCGGACAGCGAGCAGGAAGCCGAGUCGUCUUCGUCUGGCGAGUUCAACGUGGCGGCAGGCAAGCCUUCCGACCACGAGUCAGAGCUGGAGUCGGAGAGAGAGCCGGAAAACGAGUCGGAGUCGGACUCAGACUCGGAAUCAGAUGAUGCGGUAGGACUUAAUAUGUCGGAUUUGGAAGAUUAUCAAGAAGACUCGUCAGACGCAGCGGAGCGGUUCUACGAUAUGUGUGUGCGCUACAAGAUCAACCCGUACUCGUCGUACGAUUUGGAAUACGAAAAGUUCAUUAACGAUCCCGUCUACUUUGAGAUCGACGAUGAUGAAAAACGAAGGUCUUUAUUUGAUCGAUGGUGUACACAGGCAGCCAACGCGCAGGACAAGGUGGACCAGUCAACGUUGGCGGUGGUGGGAUUUUGCAAACUGUUGGUGAACAAUGGCGUGAACUUUAAAUAUUAUUUGGAGUUCAAACGCAAGUUCAAAUCUGCCCCCGAGUUCCAGGCUAUCGACUCUGACAAGCUGCGAAAUAAAAUCUUCAACAAGUACAUCGAGUUCCGAAAAAGCGACAAGCUGGCGUUUGUGCUCCAUGCACUGAGAAAGAGCGGAAAACUGGUGGUGCUGACCCGAAAAAUCAACACCAACAAACCACAGAAACUGCUUGACUUCUUGAGCCAAUCCAACUUUAAUAUACAACGAGACAUUGUGGAGUUCAACUUUUUGGACCAAGCCGACCAGACCACUCUGUUGGAACAAUUUUUGGCUAAUGCUUAA